AUGAGGCUGUUUCUUGCUCUUCUGUUGGUCGCUGUUGCUGGUAUGGGCUUCGCCAAAGCCUUGCAAUGCUACACUUGCUAUGAACCUACCAACAGUGGGAAGUGCCUGAAGAUCCAAAACUGCACCCAGAACGAAACCAUGUGCAAGACAACCAUGUAUUCCCUGGAGGAUGUGUAUCCCUUCGUGGGAGUUGCGACUGUCACCAGGAUGUGUGCUUCCAUCUGCAUCCCAUCUGACGUGGACGGCAUCGGCAUGACGCGUCCUGUCUCUUGCUGUUAUACUGACUUGUGCAACAUUGAUGGUGCUGCCAGUUUGAGGAUAGGUCUUGUACCAGUUGGGAUACUGGUGAGUUCACUUUGCAUCCUCUUCUGGACUAGCCUGUGA